UCAAAUAAUAACUCAUACGACCGGCGUGGCGGUACGGUACGGUGCGUACUGUUUACUUUACUGAAAAAUCAGUCCGAAUUCGUUAACAGCCGCUAACGGUUUACGGUUUUACGGUCUCCUCCGAAUCAUAAAGUAGUGCUCUGAUCCGAUCCGAUCCGAUCUGAUCCUUAGAAUCAAAUAUGUCGAAAGUGUCGCAAAGUGCUGGGAGUCCCCAGAGCGGUGCCCCCCAGAGCAAUGACGUCUACAAUAUUGUGCUCCUGGUGGUGGACAUCCUGGUGCUGAUCGCCAAGUUCUGGUACGCCAUCGCCGAGGCUAUUGUCGGACUCUUCCGUCCCCCGCCGCUGGAGGAGGUGCGCGGCAAGGUGGUCCUGAUCACCGGCACCGGACACGGCAUGGGCAAGCAGAUGGCCCUACAGUACGCCCAGCUGGGCGCCACCAUCCUCUGCUGGGACGUCAACGAACAGACCAACAACCAGACCGUCAAGGAGAUCCAGGCCAAGGGCGGCAAGGCCUUCGGCUACGUCUGCAACGUCACCAAGCGGGACGAGCUCAUCGAACUGGCCCAGAAGGUGCGCAAGGAGCACGGCUUUGUCUCGGUGGUGGUCAACAAUGCCGGCAUCAUGCCCUGCCAUCCCCUGCUGGAGCACACCGAGAACGAGAUCCGUCUCAUGUACGACAUCAAUGUGGUCUCCCACUACUGGAUCAUCCAGGCCUUCCUUCCGGACAUGAUUGAGCGCAACGAGGGCAGCAUCGUGGCCCUCUCCUCCUGCGCCGGACUCUUCGGUCUCGUCAACCUGGUGCCCUAUUGCGGCACCAAGUUCGCCGUCCGCGGCUACAUGGCCGCCCUGGCCGAGGAACUGCGUCGGAAGAAUCCCCAAAACAACAUCAAACUCACCACCAUCUUCCCGUACAUGAUCGACACUGGCCUGUGCAAGAACCCCCGCUACCGCUUCCCCAAUCUGUUCAAGCUGAUUGCUCCGGACGUGGCCGCCGCUUCCAUCAUCGAGGCCCAGCGCCAGGGCCUGGAGGAGGCCUCCAUUCCCCGCCACUUUGUCAGCGUGGAGAAGGUGGGUCGCCUCAUUCCCCGCAAGGCGAUGCGUCUCGUCAACGACUUCCUCGACACGGGCGUGGACACCGACAAGCAGUAGAGGGCUGGCGAGGAGCUCUCUCAUCCUGCAGAGCUCCGAACACACAGACGACAUGUCUGCAUAAUUUUAAAUUGUUUUUUUUUUUUUAUAGAUUUUGUUUGUUUCGUCGCUGUUUAGUGUGAUUAUCUGCUUUUAAUUGCUGUGUAAAUGCAACUACUCGUAAUUGCUGUAUGAAAGUGAACUUAGUCAGCUCCACUUGGAUAAUUAAGACUUAGAAAGGUUGUUACUUAAUUAGGGCCGUGUGUGUGUGUGGGUCGUGUGGGUACGUAAUAAAGUCUCCAAAGAGUACUCCGUUUAA